AUGGCCAGUUCCGAGGACAUAAGUCCCGAUAUUAAUGAGUCUUCAGUGACGAAAACUCUUGACACCAUUUUAAUAAACAAAGAUCGGCCGGAAUCGACUCUGAAAUCUCAAAAAAGGCGAAACAGGCCCUCAUUUGUUUGCAUCAACUGCAAGAAAAAGAAGAUCAAGUGUGAUAAGAGAUUACCGUGUUCCAAUUGUUUGAAGUCACAUCUGGCAGAUUCAUGUCAUUAUCGUCAUUCAUCCGCCAAGCACCCUCCGUUGAAAGAUAGUAUAGGACGUGGAAGGGCCUUUGAGGGACGAACUGCCCUCCAGAGCGGAACUUUAACCCAGCAAUUGCCUUUGUUUUCAAAUUAUCCUAGUACUCGGUCGUCCAACGGCUCAUCGGAUCUUGAGGUUAUUCGUGAACCCAAAAGCCUAACGAGUAGCCAAACAGAGGGCCCUUCUUUGCAAACUGAUGUUGAAGAGUUGAAAACCAGGGUGGUUUUCCUUGAGGAAGCGUUACGUAACAAGAAUGAGCAAUUACGCUCCGACAAUUCAUCUUUGACCAGCGAAGAUGACGGAACGAACUCUGUUUUUUCAGUGAAAUCAAGCAAACUGAAGCUUAACUGUAUUUAUGCGAAGAAAUCCCGACUUUUAGUUUUCGGAUUUGCCUCCUUCAGAACAUCCAUUGCCCACCAGAAAGAACUGACUUUCUUUUUACAUCAAUUCAUCGACAGGUUAACACAGGAAAGAAAACAUUGGAAGGAUAGCCGCAGAAUACCAUCGAAAUCCGCAAUAUUUGGUUUGAAGGGAGACGAAGAAAGAUUUGCUCAGGAAAUUGAGGCCAAAGUUUUGCGUCAUUACACAGCUAUGCUUGACUUAAUUGAUUACUUCGACGAGCAUCUUAACAACUUUCUGAUGAAUCAACUGAUUGACAUCAUACAAGUAAAGUCCCGUUUUCACACAAUGUUCGUGCGAGAUGAGCAUGGUAAAGUUCAUUUUGUCAAACCGGAAAAACCUUAUGAGUACUCCAAUCUAGCCAUGAUCUUCGCAAUUGUCAAGCUUUCAGUUAUAUUCAUCAACUACAAGGAAUUGAGCGAACAAAAAGAUAAGCACUUAUUUGAUCUCAAAGAGUCUUUCACAAUUUUGGAUGAAUGUUGUCAAGCUUCUCUCAAUCUUUCUCGGUUUGACAAAAAGCAAAAUAUUAACGUUUUACUUGCACUGCUAUUACUGAGAAUAUCUCUGCUAUAUAGUGCAGUCGAUGGAGACGGUGGUGAUGGUGCAAAUUUGCUCCCUGUUAUUCAUACCGCAGUGUCCACUGCUUUACAGAUGGGGUUGCACAGAUCUUUGGACUCCAUCAAUGCAAUUACCGGAAAAGCAUCGUCUGCCACAGGGUUUUCACAUUCGCCAAACAUUUGGAGCAAAAUCUGGGCGCAGCUCAAGUUUCUGGAUGCUUUUGGCUCGCUGACUGUUGGGACUCCGCUUCUAGUGAAUGACGAUUUCGCCGAUAAUAGGGAUGCUCAAGAUGAGCACCAAAGUUAUUUCAUGCCUGAGAGGGACAAGAUUACUCGCGAUCUUACAGAAUUAUACCGAGAAGCUUCGCUGGUCUUUAAUUCAAACCGUCCUGUCUCUCUAAAUGAGAUGGUACUAACGAUAAUGAAAAUCAUUGAAUUUGGGAAAUCAAUUGGUACUUUUUUGGACUUGAUUAUGGUACCAACUGAAGACUCGGACAUUGUGGCUUGGAAAGUGAAUACCAAGUUUUAUUUUUUAGAGCUGGUGCAGGGUCUAUGCACGAAUUUGAGACUGGUUAUAUCAAACCAAAAACUGCUAAAACAGGAAUUGAAGGGACGAGAUUUACGAUAUGAUGAGAUCAAACUAUUGGAAUUGUUGGAUCAAAGAUUACUCACUAUCUCACUGAAAUGUGCACUUCUAUCGUAUAUUCUCGUGAACAAAAUAUUACGUGGCGAAUUGGAAAUCGCAAAACCGAAAUAUGUGGUUUACUUCAAGCCUCAAAUGACUGCUCUCGUGCUGCGAAGUUCGUUGACAUUUGCUACUUCGAUUUCCAGCAAUUGCACAAAUUCUAACCAAAAUAUUGACGCAUCUGAUCUAAUCAGAUUUGACAGCAUCGAUUAUAAUUCUCUUGAGUUAAGCCUAGCCGAUACACUUCAUGAAGACUCAUUGCUCGACGAUAUCAUGGCCAAAUUCAAACAUCCAAAACAGCUUGUGAAAUGUCUUUGUGAAUUUUAUCAAAGUGUUGCAGAUAUUGAUGAGCUCAGCGGAGAUUAUGGUUUCUUUUGUUGCUUCAAGCUCACUUUGAUGCUUUGUUUCGCCAUUGAUUCGACUAACAAAGUGUGUAGUGAACAGGAAAAAGGCGAAAAGUCACCAGAGAAUUUUAAAAUUAACAUAACAAGCAUCGCAAAGAAGACCAAAGAGAUGAUUGAUGCCAAUUUGACUUUGGGAGCUACCGAAAGAAACUUACCAUUCUUUCAAAGUCAAGAAAGUCUCGACACAUAUAUAAACAACUUAUUCAGCUCGGACGUGAACUUGAAUUGGUCUCGAAUUGAUGCAGGCCCGGAACUCUAUGGAUUGCCUUGGAAUGGAAUCGCUGUUGAUGAUGCUCAGAAAACCACUGCUAACAUGGGAGACCCAAUUGGAAACAUCUACGGUCAAAAUGUAGAUGAUGUUGAGUUCAGUAAUCGAUCAUACCAGGUUUCUUUCUGA